UAUCCAUGGCUUCUUCCUCAGUCUCACUCUCCUUCUCUUCCUCCCUCCACCCUCAUCCUCUUCACCACUCCACCCCCCACAGAGCCCAAGACCCGAACUUUAACCCGACCCGCUGCGCCUACGCGCCUCCCUCCAAAUCCACCAGAGGGCCACGUCAUUCUUCUUCUUCACCCUCAUCUCCUCAGACCCGAAAGAAGCACUGGAAGCACGGCGAGUUCCCAGGUGUCUCAGAGACCUCAAUCCCCAGAAGAACGCCGAUCAAGAAUGUCAAGAAGAAGCUCGACCGGAAAGAAAAGGCCAAGGCCUGGGUCAACACCGUCACUGAAGAAUUCUGUAACUCCAUCGAGAAGAAGCAAUGGCUUCGUGCCCUUGAGGUGUUCGAAAUGCUGAAGGAGCAGCCGUUUUAUCAGCCGAAAGAAGGGACUUACAUGAGGCUGCUGCUUCUGCUGGGGCGGUCCGGCCAGCCUCAGCGCGCGCAGAGUCUGUUCGACGAAAUGAUUGAGGAAGGGUGUCAGCCCACCGCUGAGCUGUACACUGCAUUGCUUACAGCUUACUGCCGGAGCAAUCUCGUUCACGAGGCGUUUAAUGUGCUUGAGCAGAUGAAGAAGUUCCCUCAGUGCCAGCCGGAUGUUUUUACGUACAGUACGCUGAUGAAGGCCUGCAUUGAUAAUUUGCAAUUUGAGAUGGUGGAGUCCUUGUAUGAAGAAAUGGAUGCGCGGUCGAUAGCACCGAAUACAGUUACUCAGAAUGUGGUGCUGAGUGGAUAUGGGAAGGCCGGGAUGUAUGACCAGAUGGAGAGGGUGUUGUCGGGAAUGCUGGAGGGUGAAAGUUGCAAGCCCGAUGUUUGGACAAUGAAUGUUAUCCUGACGAUUUUUGGUAACAAGGGUCAGAUUGAGACGAUGGAGAGAUGGUAUCAGAAGUUCCGCGACUUUGGAAUUGAGCCAGAAAUUCGCACUUUUAACAUUCUGAUUAAUGCUUAUGGGAAGAAGAAAAUGUAUGAUAAAAUGUCGGCUGUGAUGGAGUACAUGCGAAAGCUUCACUUACCCUGGACUACCGCAACUUACAACAAUGUUAUUGAGGCUUUUGCAGAUGUGGGAGAUGCAAAAAACAUGGAAUACACAUUUGAUCAGAUGCGUGCCGAGGACAUGAAGGCAGACACCAAAACAUUCUGCUGCCUUAUAAGCGGGUAUGCCAAUGCAGGUCUUUUCCAUAAGGUGAUUGGCAGUGUUCAGUUGGCUGGAAAGUUUGAGAUACCUGAAAAUACCACGUUUUUUAAUGCGGUCAUAUCUGCAUGUGCAAAAGCAGAUGAUUUGAUGGAAAUGGAGAGAGUUUUUAACCGGAUGAAAGAAAAGCAAAUCUCUCCAGAUUCCUCAACAUACGCUGUCAUGAUUGAGGCAUAUAGAAAGGAAGGUAUGAACGACAAGAUCUACUAUUUGGAGCAGGAAAUUAGUGCUGAUGGUAUUCAAACCGAUUAGGUGGCCUUAGGAGUUGAGUCUGGAUUUUUGUUCAAUUAAGAUCUUCGAAGGCACCAGUUUGUUCUAACAUUCCCCUAAUCUGGUUUGGCCUCAGGGUACUUUAUUGCAGCUGUGGACUCUAUUGUGACAUUCCUGGUUUGUAAAGGACUGCAAGAAUUGUUACAUCUCUCAUCUCUGAUAUUCUCGGAGAAAAUUUAGGGGACACGACUGUAAAUACGGAACCUCUGUGCAACUAUCAAUCAAGCAUGCAAAAUUGUAAGGAGAUUUGUAAGAAUUGUAGCAGAGCAACGGACAUCGUUUUCCCGAGUAAUUUUAUUGGUUCUAUUUUUCUAAGCAUCUCGUGCUGUUCUUGUAGUUUCAUGACUUCAGGCAAAACUC